GAUAUUUUUUCUUCGCAUAAAUUGAUAAAACUUAAAGACUUGAGAGAGGCAGCUCAGACUCUUAUCUAGUAUUCUGUAUGUCUGGAACUAUGAGUUCUGCUGCACAGAUAGCUAUGACCGAAGACAUGAAUUAUCAACAACUAAAAGAUGAAGAGAUACAAAAACUUGAAGAACGUCUGGAUGAGUACACUCUACCAAAAAAUGUCGCCAUAAUAGGUCCACCAGGCGUCGGCAAGUCUUCCUUCAUAAACUCGGUCAUUGCAAGUUUUUCCUCCAACUGCUGGCGAGAGAGGACCAAGGUUGGAUUCUUUGAUGGAGGAGGGGGCCAAGUUACACAUCAUCUCAUAAAAAUUACAAAGGAAGAAUAUCUGGACUCAGAGAGACAGAAGGAUUAUCCAUAUCCAACUCUGAUUGACAUGAAUGGAUUCGAUGAUGAAUCAUCUGAGAAAAUUAAGGAGUUGCUGAGAUAUGUUUUAUUUGGUCUGGUGCCACAUGAACACAAAUUACUAGAUGCUAUAAACAUUUAUACAGAUGGGGGAAUAAAAGGAAUGAGGGAAGCUUAUUUAUCAAAGAAGGAGACCCUGAAAGUGGACUGUCUGAUAUUUGUGGCAUCAUCGGCCUCUGUCCUUCCACUAAAUCUGAUGGAAGCAGUGAAGCAGGUAGCAUUAAAAGAGGACAGAGUAAUUCCAGUAUUUGGUGUUUUAACAAAAGAAGACAAAUGCAAUAAUUUGGAGGAGAGUGUUUCAAAAAAGAAAGAGUUUUGCUCUAAGCUUGGUCUUCCAGAGAAUCGUUUUCUUCUUUGCACAAAUUACUGUGAUGAUUAUGACAAAAACAAAGGCCAGUCUCGCUGGAAUCGGGUGUAUCCAGAGCUCGAUGUACCCGCCUUAAGUUUCAUGAGACAGGUUUGUGAUGUUGGCAUCAAAGUCCUACAAAAUAAUGCAACACUUGAGGGACCCAAAACUGUCACUCUCCAACCCCAACAAGAUCCCCACACUGCUACUGAUCCCCCACCAAGAGACCCUCCCCCACCUGUUGAUAACUCUGUCAUCAAUGUCCUGGCAUUUGCUUUCAAGGGUUUGGUCAUCGCUAUACUCCUAUACUGGAUCCUUACUCCGCCUUUUGAUGGACAACAGAUGGUUGAUGCUUGUGCCCAGUUUGAACACAAAUCUCAGACAAUGAACUUUUCCAUUCCUGGAAUAAAGAACCUCUGUGAUAGGAUUGGUGAUGUAACACAGAGACAACUCAUGACACCACUGAUGUGUUUUGUUGUGGUUAUCAUAGGUAUGGACUUUGUGAUGCCUCAGAUUAUCAGAAUGUUACACAGACUUGGUAUUUAACUACACUGGCUUUGGUGUAGGAAUCAAAAUGUUGUGACAUAUGUGCAAAGGGUUGUGGCAGCAAUCAAAAUUGAACUUUUCUUGCAAGUUAAUUUUUUUUUUAGCUUCCCUUAUUGAAACAUGUUUAAGUAUUGUGAAGUAAAACAAGAAUUGUUUAAUAUAGCAAUAAUAUGUAUAAAAUAUUUUAUAAAUUACAA